AUGGACAUGGAUAUGCCGGUGAAUGUCCCUGUGGAUGAUCCCAACGCCGAUACUGAAUGGAACGACAUCUUGCGUAAACAUGGGGUGAUUCCAGAAAAGCCCAAAGACCCGGAGCCCCUGAUCCAGGAGGCGCUGCUGGAAGCUCAGAAGCGAGCGCACGAGAACCGACUGGAGGACAAAGACCUGGACGAACUGCACGAGCUGGAGGACGAAGAGGACGAGGAGUUUCUCGACCAGUACCGCCAGCGUCGCCUGGCCGAGCUCUCCCGUCUCCAGCGCAAGAGCGUGUACGGCCAGGUGUUUCCUCUCCAGAAGCCCGACUAUGCCCGAGACGUGACCGAGGAGAGCAACAAGGCCUUUGUGCUGGUCAACCUGACCUCGUCGCUGGGCACGAAUGUGGAAUCCAGGGUCCUUUCCGACCUCUGGAGGCAGGCCGCGGCCAAAUUUGGCGACGUCAAGUUCUGCGAGAUUCGCGCCAACCUCUGCAUCGAGGGAUAUCCGGAGAAAAACACGCCGACCAUUCUCGUCUACAAGGACGGCGACAUCAAGCGCCAGCUGGUCACGCUCAGAGAAUUGAACGGCCCAAAGACCAAUCUACGGGACCUUGAAGGCAUUCUCGUCGACGUCGGUGCCAUCCAAGAGAACGACAUGCGGCUCAGACGUAAGGAUAGCGACGAUGAAAGCAGCAAGCCCGCUGCCGGCGACGAUGAGGACGACGACGAUGAUGAUUGGGAUUGA